GUCCGUACUUCAAUCUGACAGUGAACGUUGUCCGAAACGGUCGCUGUGUUUUCCAGGCGUAGUCGUCGUACCACUCUAAGGAUCUAAAGAGUUUGUGUAUUGUAGCAGUAGCAGAGUAGCAGUAACGUGGGUCCUUCCGGGGGGGAAACAGACACCUCGACCAAGUGUUACGUAAAGAAAGGCGCGAGCCUACUUGUGGAAGGUGACUUGUGACACGGUGCUGCUCUUGGUCGGUUUUUUGAUUGGCCCUCCGAUUCCCACGCUUCCCUGACCAGUGGAACCUUGGUCGAACCGUCCUCUCGUCUUUCGUUUGGGGACGGUUUGUAAGUUUGUGAGAGCAACUAAGUGCGUCGUAUAGUGAGUGUUUUACGGCGUGGAAUAGCAAGCGGGAAAUAAAUUUGAUUGAGUGAUUCUGCCUUCUGCGGUUCAUCGGUGUUUCUGGGAUUGCCUAACUUGCAGGAGGGGGAGGAACCCGGAGAAAACAAAUAAACUCGGUGUAAAACGACCAGCACGAUGUUCUUCGAGACGAAGAAUUUGCUGGCACUCUGCGGACUUUUACUGCUGACCGGAACGGAACAUCGCGUCGAGGCAAGAGCGGUGAACAUCAGCAACACCUGGACGCUACCGCAGGAUGGAUUCACCGUUUUCUAUCGCUACUUCCGGGACAAAAUAUCCUGGUUCGAGGCGGACGCCGUGUGCCAGUUCCAUCACGCUAAUCUCGUCACAGUGGAAAACGGAGUGCAGUUCGACGCGGCCCGGGCCUUUCUCAAGGAGCUCGACGUCAUCAAUCCGGUGUGGAUUGGACUGAUGCGACCGGAGAACUCGGCACGUUUCACCUGGACAAACGCCAAAUCGCUAGACCCCACGAACGGGUACUGGGCCGAAGCACUGCCAGCAAUGGAAACCCCGCUGUGUGCCGUUGUCGAUCCGGCUCGAGAUUUUCGUUGGCAUGCUCUUCGCUGCGGUGGCCCCGAGACAGCUGCUUUUCUGUGUGAGCUUCCCGUUCCGAAUUGGGCUUCGGAUUGCACCGUCACCUCGAUGCCGUCAUUAACCGUGCAGUACAUGUCGGACAGCGGUGCUGUUCAGCUGUCCCGCGACUGUGGUGAGCAAGGAACCAGACACAUGUCCUGCCAGGGUAAGCUCGACCGAGAUUCGAUAGCGCAACAGCUGCAGUGUGACGAACGAGAGGACAGUUUAGUCGCAGCAGCAUCGGACAUGAUCCCGGCGGAAAACAAUCAACUGGCUGCGGUGGUAGUUGAUGUAGCUGCAGCCCAACCGAUCGAUGUAGUCUCCCGAAACAACCAACAACCGCCGGAGAUUCUGGAGCAUGAUAUAUUAACGGUGGUUUCCAACAACGAGGAGGACAACAAUAUUGACGUUAACCCGAAUCAGAUCGAAGAUACGGUGAAAAAUGUGAUCAAUAAGUUUAAUUUGGUGGAUUUACAGCAGGACGAAUCGUUGCACAGUAGUGAAUUAGGAGAGCGGUUUGAUGGUGAUCCGGAAAAGGAUGGUAAGAAAGUUGGAGGUAAAAAAUACUCACCGUUGUUUGAGAAAAAGGGUAAAUUCGGUAAGAAAGGCGAUAAGAAGCAGGAUGAAGAAGAAGAGGAAGAGGAAAUGAUGAUGGGAGAUCAACCGGAUGAAACGGAGACGCAACCAAUUGAUAUUGUGCAGCAAGCGGUAAAACCGACUGAAAUUGACUCGGGUGAGGGUCCGAUCGUGGGUUUGAUUGGAAGCUCAACGGAAACCGUAGUAGCAUCAUCGUCUAGCGAGACUACACCGAUCGAAAGUACUACAACGGAUUCAAGACUACGAAGGGCGACCGAUGGGGAAACCUAUUCCGAUAGCACUCUGACUUCGGUGGUCGAAGUAACGACAACGGAAGCCACAAUUACAACCAUGCAACCAACCACGAGUAGUACGACGGCAAACCACAUUCUUCCAACAACUCCAAAGAGAGAACUGGCUGCCAUCGGAGAUCACUUUAUCCCUCCGAUGCUGAUGGUCAAGGCUCACUUUUCUCCCACGAGAGCUCACGUAGAUACGACAACCACUGAACUGGUGACGGAAACGACUUCGACAACGGAAAUUAUUCCGACAACGUCUCAAGCCACGGGGGAUUUGGUGGCGACCACCGGUAGUCAACCGGAAAUCUCCUCCACAGAGACAUCACCCGUCAGCACGGAAGUUGACACUACAACCGGUCAUCAGGUGGUUGAGAUUACAUUUGAAGACAAAGAACUAAAUACAAAAUUUGGCACACUGAGCAUAACAACCCGCCCGGCCAUCGUUGACGACACCAAAUCUACGAUGAUCCCAAACUCAGAACCAACAACGGAAGCCAAUAUCAAACCAACCAACAACGAGACAUCCACUACGGAAAAUCAUCUCUCUUCCAGUACAAAACAGUUCAUCAGCUCAACUGUAGCUGUCAAUCGACCAACGACAACAACCGAAACUUCCACAACUACGACAUCCACGACUACCGAACUUCCCUUGACAACGCGAUCAGCCUCCACAACCACCACUAAAGCCACCGACACCACCACCACCACUACCACUACAACUACAACCACUGCUGCUCCACAGCAGGUUCACAUUCACGAUGACGACCUGCAUGACGAUGAUGCAGAGGAAAGUGAAGAUCACGAAUCGUUCGCGGAGGACAGAGAACAACAGCACGAGGAACUGCACAACAGCUUUUCCAACAUUGAAAACUACCAACCAUACAAACCGAACCGACGCCGGACUCUGACCAAACCCGAGGUGCAUAACAAUCAUGGUAACUAUAUUAAAAAGAUUCUCGGUUGAGAGCGGCGGCGGCGGUACGAUUCGAAACCUUGUUCGACGCGCAUCUUGCCACCAGUGUAGUAGCGAGCAGUUUGGUUCGAGUUUUGGCCGGUUUUUGUUGUCCCCUUAGCAAACAGCGGUCAUUUUGUCUUCGAGCUUGAGAAGCUGCAACCGUACUAAAUAUUUUACAAAUGGUAGCAAUCUUGCCAAUUCUCGAUCCCCAACUCAAUCCGCGAACAGUUGCACUUUUGAUAGUAAAGCAGUUGGUAGCAGUUUUCAAUACUCAGAAAAUCAAAGCAUGAUGUUUCCUUCCUCUGCAAACUAGUACAGUUCAAUCUAUGAUAAACUUUGGAUCCGAUCCGUUGUUCGGUCGUCGAUACUUUCUUUCUUUUCAUGUUCAUAUUAACAUGUUAACGUUUUAGCGAUAGACAACAAAAAAAAAGAAAAAGGACACGCAUUUUCCAAUCUUUUCCUCUGAACUAAAAACUAUGUAUUAUUGUAGAGUAAAAUCGUAGAACCACCCGGUAGGAAUCCUUUUCCGCGUUGAUUGGCUUGUGCAAAAUGCUAACCCAUUCGAACAUAGAGAAACUGCAUGUUCGAUCUCUCCUCUCCCGGUCAGUUGAGUUCACUAGCUUUCCUGGUUCGAAGAACGAGUUCUGUUUCGCGAAGACGUUUAAAUAUCCCUGUGAUCUUAUUUGCCAAAUUAUCCAUCGAGAGCACAAAAAAUAUCUAAGAGAAACAAGCUUUCCGUAUGUAUAGCUAUAGAGUAGUUCCAAAUAGUUCUGAUUUAUCUAAACUACAUUUCACGGGAAUAAAUAGUUUUAACCAAACGCAGAGAUGAUACAGAAUAGCUCUUCUCAAGCAAAUUAAUUGAAUUAGCAACGCAACCGAGGGCAAGCAAAUGACAGAAAAAAAUAUGACAAUUUGACGGUGACGCAGCGUACAGCCCCGAUCUCAGUAAGCGCUGAGAAGUAACAGCACAAGUUUUCGCAACGAUUAGUUGAGCUGCUAACGCAGAAAGAAGAAAAAAAACAGCAUAAAUUGAAGAAAACCCAAACAUAAAAAUUAACUUUUCUCGCACACGCGCAACCCAUUUGCGGCUAGAUGAUAAGAAUUUACUGUUUUAAGAAGAUGGUUUUAAUACAAAUAAGUGAAUUAUGCGCCGCGUGA